UGUCUCAUCCUCAUCCAUCACCCCUCCAGCCACCCAAAAAGUCUGACUAUCAGUCCCAUGAAAGAGCCAAAGCAGAUCAAUAAAACUCCAAACUAACUCACAAAUCCCCAAAUCCAAACCCCAAAAAAUGCCCACACUCAACCUCCUCAUCACCAGCCUCUCGCUAUCCCUUCUUUUCCUGCAAACCUGUGACUCUGUCUCAAUUUUAGACCUCGACAAUGCACUGAAAGCCAGUGAAGUUGAUGUCAUGGUGAGAAGGGUUUGCACCAAAAAGCUUGAAGAUUGUUUAGAAGAGCAAGAAAUGGAGUCAGAGAGCAACAGGAGAGUGCUAGUGAUGCAAAGAAGGUACAUCAGCUAUGAGACACUGAGGAGAGACAUGGUCCCUUGUUUAAAGCCUGGUGCUUCUUACUAUGAUUGUCAUGCUGGUGAGGCAAAUCCUUACAACCGAGGUUGUGAGAUUAUUACGAGAUGUGCUAGAGGCAUCAAAGACAUCAAAACCUGAAAACCCCAAAAUUGAAGUUUUAGCUAUGACAGCUGCUUUCUGCAAGUGGUGAUGUCUUUGUGUUAUUAUCAUCUGCAAUGCAAAUCAGCAGCUAAGAAGUUCUUCAUCCAGAUGUUGUGGAUUAAUCAGCAAAUCAUGACUAUCAGUUCCACUCGAAUUUUACUAGAAUAAUGUCAUUAUCUUUAGUUGUUUGUCAACAUUCUAUUUCUUUCGUGUUUUCCCAAAGCAUUCUUCUUGAUCAGUUCUCAAACCAGCAUUCCAUUUUAUCUUUCUUUUGAUAGAUGAUAAGACUUUUUUUUGUUUGCAUUUAUUCUAUUUUAAAUGCUUAUUUAUAAACUACUAUAAUGAUCUACGCUAGAAACUGUUUUCAUUAAGUAUUUGUGUAAAUGCUGAAACACAUUGGUUUCCAUCGUUUUCCCUUCUUCAGUGCACUGUAUUUUGUGCCAUCGUCAAUGGCUGAUACCACUUUCCUUUCCCCCAACUGCUCCUUUGAUUCUUGUUAUAGAAACCAUUACUACUUAACAAAUGAUACGUCUUAAAUUGUG